AGACAGAGGGAGAGUGAAAGAGAGAGAGACAGAGAGAUCAAGAAUGAGCAACAGGGAAGUCAGUUGCAAAACCUCUCGCUGGAUACCAGGUCAAUAAUCUACGAAGGAGUGAAAUAACAUCUUCAGAUCUCUGGGUAAAUUGUUCACCGGCGUAAAUUACAUGGAGGGUGGAGCAACUCCACCUCAUGUGGACCAAUGGGACACCAGAAACAGCGAGACACACCCCAGGCCACUGAGGACCCAAUCAGAUGGAAGCAGAGUGGUCCAGCGGACCAAUGGCCUGCGCAUCAUGGUGGUGCCCAGCUCCUCUGUGCUCUGUCCCUCCUUCGAUCUGUCGCUGUGCAGAACCCUGCUGGAGAGAGACGGCCUACAGGUCCCAGCCCAAGAUUUCGAAACCCCACUACAUAAAGCGUUGGAUUCUGCGUCCGUCCGAAGAUUCCUUUUCUUCAAUUCCGCUUUCUUCCAUUUCCUAAUGGCACCGCUGCUGUAUGUGGUGCUGUGGUGUGGUCUGUACUCCACCCUGCACAUGUUCCUCGGUCUGCGGCUCGCCUCCCUUUGGGUCCUGUGUCUGUCAACCUCCCUGGGGUCCUUCCUCCUCACCACCGCCAUCCUCCUCCUCCUCAGCCACAGCAACAAGCAGAUCAAUGUCAAUAUCGACGUGAGGCUGGUUCAGGUGAACGAGCACCUGCUCAGACACAACCUGCUGGUGGGCGUGGCAGACUGGGUGCGCCAGUGUUCCGGGACUCUCCAGCUGUUCUGUGUGCACUGGGACCUGACCCAGUGUCAGAUAUCUCUGACUGAUGCCCUGGAAGAGAUGAGCUUUGCCAGGGAUGAAACACAGUCCAAGCUCCAAAAAAACAUGUCCUACCUCAGCCUGGUGUCAAAGGUCACGACCUUUGACCUGGGGGAGGGGUCGACGGGCCUGGAGGAGUCUGACGAGGAGAGACCCCUGCUGGUGGACAGUGAAAGCCAAGGGUGCAGUACCCCUGCCAGCCAGAGGGCGGAGACAAAGCUCACCAAGGACUACAGCCUAGUGCCAGGCCGUCAUCUCUCUGUCCAGGCCACAGCACAACAACUUUUACUGACCUACAGUGCUACCUAUGUGAGGCUCCUGGUAUCUGAGAAGCUCCCGCGUGUACCACAGCGCCCCCAACAGUCUGGGAUGUCUCACUGCACCGUUGCGCCAAUCUGUCUCUGUCAGUACGUACAGAGGACUGUCCUCAGAUAGAACACGGUGGGGGGGCGUUGACACAAGACAGAAUUCUGAGGAGUUCUGGGACAUUCUGGGGCAAUGCAACAUUCCAGACAGAGGCAUUCCAAUGGAGAAAUAGCAUGUUCUCGCUUAAAGUUCAGAACUCUGUUUGUUACACACAUCAUAUUCAGUAUUAUUAUUAUUAUUAUUAUUAUUAUUAUUAUUAUUAUUAUUGUCAUCAUUGUAAUUGUUUCUAUUGGUGUUGUUGUAAUUCAUGAAAUAAUAACAGUGCUGAUGAUUAUUAUUGCCAUAAGCACUGUCAUGUGUUUGAUGUCGUGUGACAAUGUUAUCAUUGUCUUAUGUAUUUAUUUUUAUUUUUUAUUGUUGCUGUUACUGAUGGUGAUUAGGAGCUAAACUGCUGUUUCAGUGGAGCCUGGGUGUUAUGCAAUGGGCGGUGAUUGAUUUCAAACCUAAAAUGGCCAUCCAGUAUUAUUUGGAUCACAAAUAGCUCACUGUUGUGAGCUAUUUUUAAGCACAACACAAAUCAGUUGUUUUUCUCUGUCCUUAUUAUGUGUUGAGAGGGGCUUAUCUGUGUGGUUAAGCCACCAAGAAUGAGACAUUUAGGAAGAAAAAGAGAACAAGAAAGGGAAUUAUAUUUAUCCUGGUUAAAUCCUUUGUUUCCUGACAAAGCUUCUGUGUUUGUGUUUAAAUGUGUCACUGCAACAUUGCUUUAGCAAUAUUUA